UCAACGUUACUAAAAUGCCUGAAGCAUCCAAAAGAUAGUUGCCUGCAGAGUAUAUAAAGUGACCAACUCCUGCACUGCAACACGGCAGAAAAAUGUACCAGCUGCUGCUCAUUGUACUGCUUGCAGCGCGGGCUUCGGCCUGCGGAAUGAGCAGUUACCCUCCUUAUUUCUCCAAGGUGGUAAAUGGAAUCGAUGCAAGGCCGUAUAGCUGGCCAUGGCAGGUUUCUUUAGAAGUUGGAUAUGGCAAUUCAUUUUCUCACACUUGUGGUGGAACGCUGAUUUCUUCAAAUUGGGUUAUGACAGCAGGACACUGCAUCUCCCUUGGACAGACCUACCGUGUGGUACUGGGAGAAUACGAACGGCAUGUGUAUGAGACUGGAGAGCAGAUCUUAAAUCCCAGUGGCAUCUUUGUUCAUCCAGAUUGGAAUGAAAAAUGUGUUUCCUGCGGGAACGACAUCGCUCUAAUCAAGCUCUCGAAGGAGGCCAUCUUGAAUGACCAUGUCCAGCUUGCUUGUAUUCCACCUUACAACUCUGUUCUUGCCAAUUACGCUUAUUGCUACAUCACCGGAUGGGGUCGACUUUCCACGAAUGGACAAUUCGCAGCUAAGCUGCAGCAAGCCUAUGUACCUGUCAUUGACUAUGCCCACUGCAGCAACAGCGAUUGGUGGGGGAGCACUGUGAAAAAGACCAUGGUUUGUGCCGGAGGUGCUGAAAAGUCUGGAUGCAAUGGAGACUCAGGUGGACCUUUGAACUGUAAAGGUUCUGAUAACCGUUGGUACGUUCAUGGAGUGAACAGUUUUGUGUCGCCCUCCGGAUGUAACACCAAAAUGAAGCCUACUGUCUUUACCCGGGUUUCCGCCUUCAAUUUGUGGAUUAAUCAGGUCAUGAACUCCAACUAAUGGAAGAAGAGAACGAUCUUCAUCAAUUUGUUGGUAGACAAAAAUGCUGGAGAAACUCAGCGGAUGAGGCAGCAUCUAUGGAGCGAAGGGAAUAGGCAACGUUUCGGGCCAAAACUCUUCUUCAUCAAUUUGUUGUUCAAUUAGCAAUAAACAAAAUCAUGAAGUUAAA